AUGGGUAGGAAAGUACUACCACCGCCGCCUCCACCGCCACCUUCCGGGGCUUCUGGAGCUUCUUUGGCUAAUGGCAAGAAACGCAAACUACUGAAACCUCCUCCUCCUCCUCCUCCUCCUCCUCCCUCCUCCUCAUUUGGUCAUCGUCGUCCCUUUCCACCACCACCACCUCCUCCACCCCCUGCUGCUGCACCCCCCUCAUGUAAUAUAUAUGUGUCAACUGAAAAGUAUAAAAGCUUUGUUAGUGAAGCUCCUCCAAUGGCUAGCUUCACGAGAUCUGACAAAUUUGAUAAACUGUCAAAAGAACCUGUCAAAGAUUUACAACUUUCUUUGACAAAUGAGGAACUCCUCGUUAGAAAGCGGCGAUGGAUCCAACUUCAAAAAACCCGGUUCAAGUCGAAAUCAAAGGGAGUAACAACAACUGCAACGAAAUCUAUACAACCCAGGAAAUUGGAAAUGCCUCCGCAGCAUUUGCGUAAAAUCAUGAUUGAUCAUGCCGAUAUAAGCCUGCAAAGAGUUACUUCGGAUAAAAGAUCUCAUUUGGGCUCACUAAAGUACUUGCCCCAUGCACUAUUCAAGUUGCUAGAAAAUAUGCCACAACCAUGGGAACUGUCUAGAGAAGUAAAAGUGCUAUAUCAUCAAACCGGGGCCAUCACAUUUGUCAAUGAAAUACCGCGAGUUAUAGAACCAGUUUUUAUUGCGCAAUGGGCGGCCACUUGGACGGUUAUGCGACGAGAGAAACGAGAUAGAAAACAUUUUAAACGAAUGAAGUUUCCUCCAUUGGAUGAUGAGGAAAAAUUCUUGGACUGGAUCGACAACUUUGAAGACCUUGAACUCCCACCUGCGAUACGAUCGAGAGAAGUUGAACAAACUGAAAGUUUGAGAGAUUGGAUUUAUGAUGAGAAACCAUUGGUGGAUGAUACGGACGUUGUUAGUGGCUCUUCAUACAGAAACUGGCAGCUCGAUCCUUUAACUAUGGGCAAGUUGUUUGACAUUUCAAAACCGAUUUUGACCACCUCAAAUAAUCCACAUAGUGUGAAUGAGCUUCUUACUGCCAAGAGCUUAAACGUUGCCUUACCUGGAGGACCCAAAUUUGAGCCUUUGUUCAAAGAGAAGGCAAAUAAUUUACAAGAGGGCGAUUUUACUGAUUUCAACUCAAUUGAAAAGGUAAUUAUUAGGACGCCCAUAAAGGAUGAAUAUAAGGUAGACUUUCCGUACUUGUACAACUCGUUUGUAAAAGCUGUCGCUUUAUCUCCCUUCCAGCCAAAUGCAAUAUGUGCUGAACAAUUGUUUGGGAAUGAGAUAAAUACUGUAUCAGUGUUCACCUUCAACCCGAGAUACGCACCGGUUAUGAGGAGAAGAAAUCGUGCUCAAAAUUAUCCAAGAAUCAAUCAGCAGCAGCAGCAACAGCAGCUUACUAGGGUAAUAUCAGCGGUACCCUUUUUUAGCAGAGACGUUGAUAGUAGUAGUAGUAGCGAGAAUGGUUCAUUAAAGUUCACCGAUUCCGAUCAGGAGACGUUGGCAGCGGCGCUAGAGCUUUUUUGGGCACCGCCUCCUUUUAAUCGUCGUGCAGGUAAAAUGAAACGAGCAGAGGAUGUUGCUAUGACAAAGUCUUGGUAUCAAAACCGUGCACCGAAACAUAGUCCCCUUAAAACGCGUAUUUCUUACCAAAAAUUAUUAAAGAAUCAAGUACUUAAUGUAUUGCGGAAACGUAAAGCAAGGCUACUAUCAAAACUGUCCAAGGAUACUCUCAUCAAGAGCUUAAAAGCAACCAAGUAUUUUCAAGAAACACGCAUUGACUGGUUGGAAGCGGGAAUUCAGGUAUGCCGACAAGGCUUUAAUAUGCUCAAUUUGUUGAUUCACAAACGUGGAUUAACUUAUUUACACUUGGACUACAAUUUCAACUUGAAACCUACUAAAACAUUAACGACAAAGGAGCGUAAGAAAUCAAGAUUUGGAAAUGCCUUCCAUUUGAUAAGAGAGUUGCUUCGGGCAACCAAGAUGAUUGUUGAUGCACAUAUACAAUAUCGUUUAGGGAAUUUGGAUGCUUACCAGCUAGCCGAUGGAAUUUAUUACCUUUUAAACCAUUUGGGCCAGUUAACGGGAAUUUAUAGGUAUAAGUACAAGGUGAUGCACCAGAUACGACAAUGCAAGGAUUUCAAACAUAUUAUAUACCACAGGUUUAAUAAACUUAUUGGAAAAGGUCCUGGUUGUGGGUUUUGGCAACCAGCAUGGAAAGUCUGGAUAUUUUUUUUGAGAGGUACCAUUCCACUUUUAGAAAGAUGGUUAGGUAACUUGAUUGCAAGACAGUUUGAAGGAAGAAGGUAUAAUGAUUAUGCCAAAACAAUUACUAAACAGAGAGUAGACUCAUACUAUGAUUUAGAAUUGAGAGCACAAGUCAUGCACGAUAUUUUAGAAGUAAUUCCCGAAGGGUUAAAGCAAAGCAAAUCAAAAACAAUCCUUCAGCAUUUGAGCGAGGCCUGGCGCUGCUGGAAAGCUAAUAUACCAUGGAAUGUGCCGGGACUUCCCGAGCCAAUUCGAAAGAUUAUUGAGCGAUAUAUCAACGCAAAAGCGGAAGGCUGGAUAUCUGUAGCACACUAUAAUCGAGAAAGAAUUAGGAAAGGGACGCAUGUUGAGAAGACGGUAGUGAAAAAGAACUUGGGGAGAUUAACAAGAUUAUGGAUCAAGAAUGAACAAAAUAGGCAGCUUGAUUUUGGAAAACAUGGGCCAUUUGUGUCCCCCGAAGAAGCUGUCAAAAUAUUUCAAAAUACAGUGAAUUGGCUAGAAAGUCGAAAUUUUAGUCCAAUACCUUUCCCUCCGAUUUCCUAUAAACAUGACACGAAGUUACUACUCUUGGCAUUGGAGAAUUUGAAGUCAACAUACAAUGUCAAUGCAAAGUUAAAUUCAAACCAAAGAGAGGAGUUGGCAUUGAUAGAGCAAGCCUACGAUAAUCCCCACGAGUGUUUGGCUCGAAUUAAAAAGCAUCUUUUGACUCAAAGGAUUUUCAAAGAAGUUGGAUUGGAAAUGAUGGACUUUUAUAAUCAUUUGGUUCCAACAUAUGUGAUUGAUCCUGUGGAAAAGAUUACGGAUGCGUAUCUUGAUCAAUAUUUAUGGUACGAAGCCGAUAAAAGACAAUUAUUUCCGAAUUGGAUUAAACCGGCAGACGAUGAAAUUCCUCCACUAACAGUAUACAAAUGGUGUCAGGGGAUUAACAAUUUGAAGGACGUUUGGAAAACCUCUGAAGGUGAAAGCGUUGUGAUGAUGGAAGCCAGUUUAAAAGCAUUUUCUGACAAAAUGGAUUUCACUUUGCUUAAUAGAUUAUUAAGGUUGAUUAUGGAUCCCAACAUUGCAGAUUACAUCACAUCAAAAAACAAUGUUAACAUUAGAUACAAGGAUAUGAAUUACGUGAAUCAAUAUGGACUUCUUAGGGGCCUACAGUUCUCGUCAUUUGUAUAUCAAUACUACGGUUUAGUUGUAGACUUGCUACUUUUGGGAUUGCAAAGAGCAUCUGAAAUAGCAGGUCCCGUGCAAAACCCGAAUAGUUUUUUACAUUUCCAAAAUAUUGAAACGCAAACGGCUUCUCCUAUAAGAUUAUAUUCGAGAAAGUUGGACAAGAUCUAUAUUUGUUUCAGAUUCAGUGAGGAAGAAGCCAGUAGUUUGAUUCAAAGUUUUCGAGAAGAGAAUUCUGACUCUGAGCUAUCACAGACCAUUGGGUAUAACAAUCGUCGUUGUUGGCCCAGAGAUUCCAGAAUGAGAUUGAUACGACGUGACGUCAAUUUGGGAAAGGCUAUCUUUUGGGAAAUGAGCUCACGUUUACCCAACUCGCUUGCUACAAUUAACUGGGAAGAUGUCUUUGCAUCAGUAUAUUCACGCGAUAACCCCAACCUUUUAUUUCAAAUGAAUGGGUUUGAAGUGCGCAUUUUGCCCAAAAUUAGAAUUGGAGAGUGCGAGUCGCUGCAAGAAAAUGUUUGGGAUUUGAUUGAGUACAAUUCUCAAGAAAGAACAGCUAAAGCCUUUUUGCAAGUGACUUCGGAUGCAAUUGACAAUUUCAGAAAUAGGAUCAGGCAGAUUCUAAUGUCAUCUGGCUCAAGUCCAUUCACUAAGGUAGCGGCAAAGUGGAAUACAGCUUUGAUUUCAUUGGUCACAUAUUUUAGAGAAGCGGCAGUUGCCACCCCUGCGCUUUUGGAUGUAUUGGUCAAAUGUGAAACAAAAAUACAAAAUAGAGUGAAGAUGGGUUUAAACUCAAAAAUGCCUUCUAGAUUUCCGCCUGCGGUUUUUUAUACACCAAAAGAAUUGGGUGGACUAGGAAUGCUCAGUGCAUCACACAUUUUAAUUCCUGCGUCUGAUUUGAGAUGGUCAAAGCAAACUGAGACUGGAAUUACUUACUUUAGGGCAGGUAUGACACAUGACGAGGAGAAACUCAUUCCUACUGUUUUCAGGUAUGUAACAACAUGGGAGAAUGAGUUUAUUGACUCUCAACGUGUUUGGGCGGAGUAUGCGAUAAAACGUGAGGAAGCACUAGCGCAGAAUCGUCGUUUGACUUUUGAGGAUAUGGAAGGGAACUGGGAUAGAGGUAUACCGAGAAUCAGCACGUUGUUUCAAAAGGAUAGGCACACAUUGGCCUAUGAUAAGGGACAUCGUGUACGCCGAGAGUUUAGGCAAUUUUCAACUGGGAGAUUCAAUCCGUUUUGGUGGACAAGCGAUCAUCAUGACGGGAAACUAUGGAACUUGAAUGCCUAUAGAGCUGAUGUGAUUCAAGCUUUGGGAGGAAUCGAGACAAUUUUAGAACACACUUUGUUCAAGGGAACGGGAUUUGAUUCUUGGGAAGGAUUGUUUUGGGAAAAGUCUUCAGGAUUUGAGGAUUCUUUGAAAUUCAAGAAGUUAACAAAUGCACAAAGAUCGGGAUUGAGUCAAAUACCCAAUCGUCGAUUCACAUUGUGGUGGUCUCCGACUAUUAACCGUGCAAAUGUCUACGUUGGGUUCUUGGUUCAAUUGGACUUGACUGGAAUUUUCUUGCACGGUAAAAUCCCAACCCUCAAGAUAUCAUUGAUUCAGAUCUUUAGAGCUCAUCUUUGGCAAAAGAUUCAUGAGAGCGUAGUGCAAGAUUUUUGCCAGGUGUUGGAUAAAGAACAGGAAGUUUUACUGAUUGAUCUAGUAGAAAAACAAGCUAUUCAUCCGCGCAAAUCGUACAGAAUGAACUCGUCGACAGCCGAUAUAGUCCUCACGAGUAAUUACAAGUGGAAUAUCACCAAGCCUUCGCUGCUCAAUGAUAAGGAUGAGGAGCCGGUUUUGUCUACAAAAAAAUUUUGGAUAGAUAUUCAGUUAAGAUACGGAGAUUAUGACUCCCAUGAUAUUUCACGAUAUGCAAGAGCAAAGUAUUUGGACUACACAACAGAUGGAACUAGCUCUUACCCGUCUCCAACCGGUAUUAUUGUUGCCAUAGAUUUGGCAUACAACAUGUAUGAUGUGUAUGGGAAUUGGUUUCCUGGUUUAAAGGCUUUAGUGAGAAAUGCUAUGAAAGAAAUUAUGAAGGCUAAUCCCGCAUUGUACGUUUUGCGAGAAAGAAUUAGGAAAGGUUUGCAACUAUACCAUGCACAACCACUGCAGUCCUUUUUGAACUCCACCAAUUAUGCUGAGCUCUUUAAUAAUGACACGCAGUUAUUUAUUGAUGAUACAAAUGUGUAUCGUGUUACGGUUCACAAAACACUUGAGGGUAACUUAGCAACAAAGCCCAUAAACGGAUGCGUUUUUAUUCUCAAUCCCAAAACUGGUCAGCUUUAUUUGAGGGUCAUACACACAUCAGUGUGGGCUGGUCAGAAGCGUUUAAGUCAACUCGCCAAAUGGAAAGCUGCUGAGGAGGUAACUGCGUUGGUAAAGUCAUUACCAAAGGAAGAACAGCCCAAGCAAUUGAUUGUUGCAAGAAAAGGUAUGAUGGAUCCUCUUGAGGUGCACAUGUUAGAUUUUCCAAACAUUUCAAUCCGUCCGUCUGAGUUGCAUUUGCCGUUUGCGUCAGUGAUGAAGAUAGAUAAAUUGGGCGAUAUUGUUUUAAGAGCUAAUGAGCCGCGGAUGUAUUUAUUCAAUUUUUAUGAUGAUUGGCUUCAAAGCAACUCGCCUUAUACGGCUUUUUCUCGAGUCAUUUUAAUUUUAAGAGCUUUGACAGUGGAUGCUACGAGUGCCAACCAUAUUUUGUGGGACCAACACACGGAGCAAGCAGAGCCUCAUCGCAUUUGGCCGGCGUUGACAAAUGAACAGUGGAUUGAACGCGAGGCUAAAUUAAGAGAUUUGAUUCUUGAUGAGUACUCUACAAAGUAUAACGUGGACAUUCAGGCUUUGACUCAGUCGGACAUUCGAGACUUGAUUUUGGGCCAAGACAUACGUGCUUCUUCAAUGAGACGCCAGCAAAUUGCAAAUAUAGAAAAUAAAAAUGCCGAAAUUGAAAAUAAGGAAUUAACUGCACAGAAGUCAACCACAACAAACAUUCAUGGUGAGAAGAUUGUGACCGUUACCACUACAAAUUACGAGCAAACAACAUUCUCUUCCAAAAAUGAAUGGAGAAACAGAGCCCUAACUGCAAGUUCUUUAUUCGCCAGAGCGAAUAAUAUAUUUGUUUCCUCAAGUGAGAUAGUUAGUAACGACUCCUACACGUUCAUUGUUCCGAAAAACAUUUUGCAAAAAUUCAUCCAAAUAUCCGACUUGAGGAUUCAAAUCGGCGGCUGCUUGUAUGGUAAAUCGCCAAUUGAUCAUCCAGAAAUCAAAGAGAUCAAGUGUUUAGUUAUAGUGCCACAGUUAGGAAGUUCGAAUUCUAUUCAGUUCCCCAAACAAAAACCGGAUGAUGAAGAUGGUUAUUUGAAAGACCAAGGGUUGGAGUUGUUGGGCUGGAUUCACAGCCAGUCCCAAGAAGUAGACUAUAUGACACCUAAUGAUAUUACCACUCAGGCGCGUAUGUGGGACGAAUACAAUCCACGGCAUGUUUGCAUGACAGCGUCCUAUACGCCUGGUUCAAUUACGUUGGCUGGAUAUGAGAUGACUAAAGACGGAUUUGAGUGGGGAAGUAAAAAUACUGAUAUGCUUUCCGGUAUGCCGGAGGGGUUCUCGAAAAGUUUUUCUACAAAGAGUCAGCUUGUCAUGUCAGAUCGAAUUGCCGGGACAUAUAUGGUUCCUGAGGACGAGAUUUGGAACUAUUUUUUUAUGGGUGCAAUAUUCAAUCAAAACGACUUGUAUGCUUUAAAAGUGGAUAAUCCUUUGUCAUUUUAUGACGCAUUGCACCGUCCAAUCCACUUUGGCAAUUUUUCGCGCCUAGACAAUACCAGAAAAGUAGAAGAAGGAGGAGAAGAAGAAGCUGGUCAAGAAGAUCUAUUUGGUUGA